GUGGGCACAGCUUUCAGUUUCCCAGUCGAAUUUGGAACUAAGUCGAAAUAAACUGCAUGUAUGAUUUAACAUUUCUCCUCAGUUUUUCCUUGAUUUAAGUUAGUUGAUCAUUUAACUUUGGCAGAUGAAUUGUGAUAGUAAACAGACAGUCACACGCUCAACAAAAUGCUACAUUCCAAAGAGAUUUGUCCUGACGAUACUUGGAUUCUUCGGAAUGUUCUGUUCUUACGCCAUGCGUGUAAAUUUGAGUGUCGCCAUAGUUGCUAUGGUGAACACUACAUACAGUCCAUCAUCAAAUGGCACUAUAAGGACAAUGGAAUGCUCGGAAUUGGUGCACUACGAAUCGGAGAAAUAUAAUAAAUACAAAGGCGAGCAAUACAACUGGGAUCCAAAAACUCAAGGCAUCAUUCUAGGAGCCUUCUUCUAUGGUUAUUUCAUUACUCAACUUCCAGGAGGAAUGUUGGCUGAAAAAUUUGGCGCCAAAUGGGUUUUUGGCUUAGGGAUAUUCAUAACAGCUAUCUGCUCGCUUCUUACUCCAUUAGCAGCAAGUAUGGGAGUAACUAGUAUGAUUGUGGCUCGGGUUUUGGCAGGUUUAUCAGAGGGUGUUACGUUUCCAGCCAUUAAUGUCACCAUAAGCAAAUGGUCUCCCAAAACAGAGAGAAGUCGCAUCUCAACCAUCAUCUUCAUAGGCCUGAUGAUAGGAAACGUCAUUUCCUUGCCAGUUUCUGGAAUGCUGAGUGGUAGCGAACUGUUUGGAGGAUGGCCUUCUGCAUUUUACUUUUUCGGAGCGAUUUCCUGCAUCUGGUUUCUGUUCUGGAGCUUUUUGGUUUAUGAAACUCCGGCUCAACAUCCUUCCAUUUCCAAAGAAGAGCUUUUAUACAUUGAUCUGAACAAAGACGAAAAAACAGAAAAAAAGGAUACUCCAUGGAAAGAUAUAUUCACUUCACUACCUGUGUGGGCUGUCGCGGUUGGUCACUUUGGACAUGUAUUUGGUUUUAAUGUUCUGUUAACAGAAAUGUCUACUUAUUUGAACGGAAUUCUCCAUUUUGAUAUCCAGGCGAAUGGAUUUCUUUCCGCUUUGCCUUAUGCAUCGCAAGCUUUGUUUUCAUGGCUGGCUUCUUAUAUCGCUGACAGAAUGAGGAAAUCGGGGAAAAUCAGCGUCACCAACACUCGCAAGAUUUGCAAUUCUAUAGGUUCGAUAGGACCAGCUUUAUGUCUUUUGGGUGUCACUGUGACCGGCUGCCGUCCCUAUCUUACUGUUGCUCUUCUAUGCAUUGGCAUGGCCUUCAAUGGAUUCGUACAUUCUGGCUUCAAUAUCACCCAUGUGGACAUGUGCCCUGAACUUGCAGGCACAUUAUAUGGAAUUUCGAACACCAUUGGUAGUUUUAGUGGAGCUAUAGGUCCAACAUUUACUGGAUACUUCUUGGACAAAGGCGAGACUAUAAAAAACUGGAGCUAUGUUUUUUACAUCACAUCUGCUGUGUACCUCAUCACUGCUAUUUUCUAUGAUAUCUUCGCAUCAGCUGAACUACAAUCGUGGGGUAUUAAAAAAGAAAAGAAGCAUAAGGAAGACAAAAAAUAAAGUUUCCCAUUAUAAUUUUGAUCUGGAUUUUCAUAUUCAGAUGAAAUUCAAUUUUUAUGGACAUUAGUAGUAAAAAACUGGUGUACAACAAAAUUAUUAAAUGAAGUGUACAUCCAGGAUAUUAAUGAUGAAUUUUUAAUUGUACAUAGUAGAUUCUGUAUAAAUGAGUUCCUAUCAUGUGACUGAAAUAUUAUUAUUGUUUUUUUCAUAUUAUUAAAUAUUUUAAUCUGUAGUAUUAUUAUCAAAUUUGGUUGUUGAUCUUUUUAAAUUUGAAGUAUACAAAUACAUUACAGGAACAAACGCCCAAGAAAGGUAAAUAAAUGACUCUAUUAAAAAAUUGAAUUAUAGUUUUACAUCAAACAUGAAUGAAGAAUGCUGAGAGAAUGUAAAACAUGAUGUAAUUCAACAUUAAUUAGACUAUAAAGCUUCAGGGAAAGUUUUUUUUUUCCUAUAAAAAUAAAACAAUGGAAAGAAUUCAAUUAAUUCAACAUUAGCAAUUGAAAACAUGCCAUUAAAGAAAACGCUUACUAUAUAAUUAAUUGUAUCUUCCAAUCAUUUUGACAUACUUUGAAUAACAUGUUCAAAGAGGUUUUUGAAGUGGUCUUCUAUCACCUCAAGAAUGAUUUUGGCUUGUUUGGACGAACAACAAGGAUGGACGAACAACAAAUAUGGACGAUCAACAAGACAAUGUUCCUAGACAUUACAUGAAUUUUUUCAUGAAAUUCAUAUCCAGUGAAUUCAAUAGUUACAGGGCAACAUGAAUAAAUUCGAUGGUUAAGGCAGUUCUACACAGCACUUGCGCACUUACAGAGACGCUAUCAAGCAUGAUCCAAAAGUUAGCCAUCACCAACAGCAGUACGGAGCAAGUAAACAUGUAAGCAGCAGAACAAGAGCAAGGUACAUUGUAGGGGUUAUAAUCUCAUGUAUAAUCAUGUGGUCAUUGACUCUACUACAUGCCAAUUCCAUGAUUCUGGAAGAGCCUUGGUGGCUCCUUUCUCCUAUAUUCUUUGGAUGGUGAAACUACCAAUUCCUUGUCAUAUUUAACAGUGGGUUCUUCACAAGACAUUGUACCAUUUCUGAGUUACAAAGAGAACAUUAACCCCUUGUCCUCAUCCAGUGGUGAUGACCAUUGUAAACAAGAGCUAAAUCUGCAAAGUGAGGCACUCAUUAUAGGACUUCGAAUAUAUUGCCUGGUCUUCUAAAACUGCUUUGUAAGAAAUUUCAAGAACAUUCGAACCAUUUUUGCUGAGAUAUUCUGGAACUUUCUCUUCAUAAACUGUGCAUUUUUUUAAUCUUCACGGGUAGAAAGGAUACCGUUAUUUAUUGUCUGUAAUGGUUAUUUUUUAUUGUUAGGAAUAAGUAUAGAUCAUUUUAAACUGUCGUACUGAGAGGAGGAUUUUCUAGCUAGAUUCUGCUUUUUGACUACCUAUUUGAAGCAACAAGUGAAUAAACAACUGAAUAUAAUUAUUAUUUUUAAUUUAUACAUACCUCUAAUCAUGUUUAUUAGAAUUUAUAAACAACUAUAUACAGGUAUAUACUUACAGUAAAUAAAAGAAUUCUAAAGGAAUAAAUAAUUAUAUUCAAUACUGCUUGAAUCAAUAAAUAUACUGCCAAUAAAUUUGAAAAAUCUAAUUUUUUUUACAAUAGUUCAAUAUUAUUUUAUAAAACAUAUUUGAUUUUAACAAAAAAAUAUUUUAUUUUUGGAGAUAGAUUCAAAAUGACCGAGUUAUGAAGUUUUGAAAGAAGUUAAAUAUUCUAGACCAUUUCAAUGGUUGCCUUGAAAAAGAUUCAUUUAAUAGCCAAUAAACAAGUGAGGCUUGAUUGAUUCAGCCGUUGAUUAAUUUAAUAGAAUGAAAUUCAAAGCUUCAUAAAUAGGCUGAUUUUUUAUUGUAAAAGUGAGAAAUAAAAACAUCUUAGUAGGUUAAAAUAAUUUUGACAUGUGUGAUUAAUAUUACAGGAGAACUGCAUAAAAAUUUAGAUUUUGCAUUUUAUUUUUCAGUAGACAUUUAUUUAUCAAGUCAAACAAUUGAAUAAAAAAACCCUUAACGCCAUUAAGAGUAAUUUUCGAACUGGAAGCAAAUGCUUAUUUCUAUUGUUUUAAAAAUUAGCUGUUGGAUCACGAUUAGAUUGGGCAUCUUAUAUGUUGAAAUAUAUUGCAUAUAUGUUCU